CACGCAGCCUUAAAAACGAUGCCGAAGCUGAUCCGCCGCCGUCGCAUCAACGGAGUUUCCAUCUAUCUUGCUUUCUUAACGUCUAGGAGAGUCGACUUCCGGACAACUGUAGCCACUCCCCCCCUACGAGAACGUUUAAAAUGAAGCUCUCCUUGGCAGUCCUCACGGUGUUCGGCCUCGCUCUUUGUAACAACGGCGUCACCGCUCUACCUUCGGGCGCUUUGUCCCGCCGCGAGGACGCUCAGGCUGCUGGCGUCAACAAAAAACAAAACGAGCAUCACAAUAACCAGCAUUAUCAGGACAACAAAGACUACCAGAACAACGAUAAGAAAGCCUUUUCCCACCAGCAGGACAAUCAGCAGCAUCAGGCAGCUGCUAAAAAGACCAAUCAGAAGGAUCUCCAGGCUGAUUGUUUCCUCACUUACGAAAACUGGUACGCAUGCUGUUCCGGCGGCAUGUUCACUAUCUGGUUCCUCAGCAUGGCCCAUUGCUCUUCAAAAAUUGUACUUACGAUUGUUCUUCAUCUCGGGUGCACUAGGAACGACUACGUUGAUUGGGAUCAAAGCUCCGAGGAUGAUAAGAAGAAAUGGGGAAAGGGCAAGAACAAAAAGAACAAUGCAAAGCAGGCUCAGCAGCACUGCGUCUUGACGUUCGACCAGAUUCAGACCUAUGAGAAAAUUCAGAAAGACCGCAAACAGCACGAGAACCAGCAAGGCUAUAACAAGAAUGGCCAGAAAUACGUCGAUAAUCAGCAGGUCAAUGACAAGGAGAGCAUCGAUCAUCAGCUCAUCACCGUCGAGUACGUGGUCGACGACCUCGGUGGCACUUACCUUUCCAGACAUCUCCCUUCAGUUCUAAGUGCCCAGCUCACUGACUACUGCCUUUCCUUCCAACCCAACAGGAGGUACUGCGUCGCCUAUUACAACACCAACUGGCAGCAGAUUGAGGGACAGGUCAACCCUCAGAAGAAGGAUGCUAGCAAGCUCAAGCAAUACGCGUUGAACAAAGGCCAGGAUUACUACAACAACAACCUCAACAAGAACAAGAACAAUCAACAGCUCCAGACCCAAUGCAUGGUCUUUGAAUUCCAGAUCUCGGCCUACGCCCAGUGGGCUUUGAAUUACAAUGACGGUUACGCUGACGAUUACAAAAAAAAACUCGCCAACUAUUACUGAAACCACGUCAAACGCAAAGGCCGCGAUGAGGUUUCCCGUGUUCACGCGAUAUUCAGAUACAUAGGGCAGAACAUGUCAUUUUUCUGAUAUCGGAAAGCACACGAGCUGUCUUCUGGAAGAGGAUGUAAUCAGCGAUGAUGGAUAGGGCCGCUCAUAUAAUCGGAUGCACAUUCGAUUUCCUCGAACGGCCUCUUCUGGCGUGUAUGCAUGUAGGCAUUGUUUGUGUAGGCCUUUCUGAUUUUUUGUUUCAUAAUCCUUUCGAUACCGUACUCGGUUUGCUGCUCCUAACUAGUUAAAAUACAAUACAUGCAAAUAUAAUGAAGGGAAUCUACCAUUUCCGAAGCGUCAGUAAGCUCCAAGCGUUCCGCAACUCACGUCUCUGGAAUGGAAUCCUUUAACCUCGUCAACUCAUCAAGAACCUGAGCCAUGGUGGGCCGCACAAAGUGUUCUUCCGCACAGCAUCUCACGG